CUUUAUAAACUUUGCAAACCCUCGGUUUCGUAUUUGUUCGCCGUCACGGGUAGCACUGAAAAACCCUAGCCUUUCGUUUGUUGCAGAGGAGAACGAAGAUGAAGUACAAUCCGAGAGUUUCCAGCUCUCGCCGCAAGAACCGGAAGGCCCACUUUACGGCGCCUUCGAGUGUUCGGCGUGUGAUUAUGAGCGCGCCGCUCUCGAAUGACCUCCGCUCAAAGUACAACGUGAGAUCCAUGCCCGUUCGCAAAGACGAUGAGGUUCAGGUUGUUCGAGGUACCUACAAGGGACGUGAGGGUAAGGUCGUUCAAGUUUACCGUCGAAAAUGGGUCAUCCAUAUCGAGCGGAUUACCCGCGAGAAGGUAAAUGGACAAACCGUCAAUGUUGGGAUCAAUCCAUCAAAAGUGGUGAUUACGAAGCUGAGGCUGGAUAAGGAUCGCAAGUCAUUGCUUGAUCGCAAGGCUAAGGGUCGUGCGGCUGCUGACAAGGACAAGGGAACCAAAUUCACUGCUGAGGACAUUAUGCAAAGUGUUGAUUAGUCGGUGAAUUUCUCGAAUUAUUAGAUCUCUUUUCAAUUAGAGGAAACUGAUAUUCCGUUUAUUAGCAUCACUGUGUUUCUUUUUACAUUUAAGGUCUUGUGUGUUUUUCUGAACAAAUUCCAGUAUCUGGAGGCCUUUUUGUUAUGCUUUAAUGGAAGUUUUGAAAUUAUUGGUAA